AUGGUUAAUGAAAGACCACCCAAAAAUCCUGACAAACUAAAUGAUCCCGAAGCAAUUGUCAAUAGAUAUGAUCUUAGAGAUCGCAAACGUCACACUCUUAAUUCAAAACCAACAGAUUUAAACACCGCACAAAAGGACUCCAAAUCUACCGUAUCCGCAGAUUACACUACCGCCAAAGACCUGUUAAGCCCACCGACAAAGAUUGCGAAAAAAGGACAGAAUUCGGAAUCACCUCGAACGGCAAGAGCGCAGUCUGAAGGAGCUAAAAAUAGGAAGUCAGAUGAAACCUCUGAACAAACCGAGUUUAGUCUGAGCAGCAUGUUCCCGUCAAUAUUUGGCAAUAGCACGCCAGCUACGCUGCUCUCGGGACCGGCUAGAAACACUCGCUCGGCUUCUCAAUUGUCGCAAUCAUUUCGAGUUCCAGAGAUUCCCCAAAAGCCGACAAAUCCAAGAAAAGAUGUUAUCAAAUUUCGUUCUGACUACGCAAACAAGUUUGCUAUUGGCAGUAAGCAUACAGUGAAUUUCUUUAGUGGAUCAUAUGAAGAUGCACAACGGAAAGCAAGAAAUGAUGUUAAACUGCUCGUUAUCUUUAUCCAUGACCCAAACGAU